AUGAAAGCCAUUCUCUCACUUUUCCUGAUCCUCUGCCCCGCGGUAUUGUCUAUUGCGCAGCAGGUCCCCCUGGUCAACGUGGAUAUCAUGAGCGAGCAGGACAAGGUGCCCGGGCACAGCGACGCCAUAUACGGGCCCGUGCCGAAGGAAGACCAGCUGUUCGAAGUCGAUUUCCUCGAGAUCGCACCGACACCUAUACUCGCCGACCGCGUGUUCUUCGUUUACCUUCGCGUCUACCUGCCCGAUGACAAGAGGGGAUACCAGGAACUUCUUGACAAGCACCUCCCCGACGCAAAGCUCGCCGUGAGCAGCUCUGCCGUCUACCCCGACGGAGCGCACGAUGAGAAACAGACCACCACGGUGCCUCUCAAGACCAUGAUGAACCUCAACCAUCUGAGCUCGGCACACCUUUCAGUCCGGGAUCAGGAGGGUACUCAGGUCGACUACCUGCCCAGUAAGGGCGGGGACUUGCUGCUCGAUUUUGAGAUCCCUACCAUGUUCCUCCGGAGCGGCACAUGGGCUUUCUACAUCGACGCGAGGCUUGGGGAUGAGGACGAUACGUGUCUCUUUGCCAUGUCGGUGACGCAGUGGUUAGAUGGGUCGCUUAGACCAUAG